AUGGAUGUUGUGUAUUUUUUGUCUGUUCUAGGGAGUAUGACUUCUGCAACAUCACCCAUCAUUCUGAAAUGGGACCCCAAAAGCUUGGAAAUCAGGACUCUCACAGUAGAGAGGCUUCUGGAGCCACUCGUUACCCAGGUGACAACACUGGUUAACACAAGCAAUAAAGGACCAUCUGGCAAGAAGAAAGGGCGCUCAAAGAAGGCUCAUGUGUUGGCAGCUUCAGUGGAGCAGGCAACUCAAAACUUCUUGGAAAAAGGGGAUCAGAUUGCCAAAGAGAGCCAGGAUCUCAAGGAGGAAUUGGUUGCUGCUGUAGAGGAUGUACGCAAACAAGGGGAAACAAUGAGAAUUGCCUCUUCAGAGUUUGCUGAUGACCCAUGCUCCUCGGUGAAACGCGGCACCAUGGUGCGGGCUGCUCGUGCCUUGCUCUCUGCUGUCACCCGCCUGCUCAUCCUGGCUGAUAUGGCUGAUGUCAUGAGGCUCCUAUCACAUCUGAAAAUUGUAGAGGAAGCAUUAGAAGCAGUGAAAAAUGCAACAAAUGAGCAAGAUUUAGCAAAUCGCUUUAAAGAAUUUGGGAAGGAGAUGGUAAAACUGAACUAUGUAGCUGCUAGAAGGCAACAGGAACUGAAAGAUCCUCACUGCAGGGAUGAAAUGGCUGCAGCUCGAGGUGCCCUGAAGAAGAAUGCCACCAUGUUGUACACUGCAUCCCAGGCUUUUCUCCGUCAUCCUGAUGUUGCAGCCACCAGAGCCAACAGAGAUUAUGUCUUCAAACAAGUACAAGAAGCAAUUGCUGGCAUCUCCAAUGCUGCCCAGGCCACCUCACCCACUGAUGAGAACAAGGGGCACACUGGCAUAGGAGAGCUUGCUGCUGCAUUAAAUGAAUUUGAUAACAAAAUCAUUUUAGACCCAAUGACUUUCAGUGAGGCUCGCUUCAGGCCAUCUCUUGAGGAAAGGCUGGAGAGCAUCAUCAGUGGAGCAGCUCUGAUGGCAGAUUCCUCCUGCACGCGAGACGACCGCCGGGAGCGCAUCGUGGCCGAGUGCAACGCCGUGCGACAGGCCCUGCAGGAUCUGCUCAGCGAGUACAUGAACAAUACUGGAAGGAAGGAGAAGGGGGACCCACUCAACAUUGCUAUUGACAAGAUGACCAAGAAAACACGAGACCUUCGAAGACAGCUCCGGAAGGCAGUAAUGGAUCAUAUAUCGGAUUCAUUCCUAGAGACCAAUGUCCCAUUACUGGUUCUCAUUGAGGCUGCAAAGAGUGGUAAUGAGAAGGAAGUCAAGGAGUAUGCUCAGGUCUUCCGUGAACACGCCAACAAGUUAGUUGAGGUUGCAAAUCUGGCGUGCUCAAUUUCGAAUAACGAAGAGGGUGUGAAGUUAGUCCGUAUGGCAGCAACACAGAUUGAUAGUCUGUGCCCACAGGUAAUCAAUGCUGCACUCACACUGGCUGCCAGACCCCAGAGCAAAGUAGCACAGGACAACAUGGAUGUCUUUAAAGAUCAGUGGGAGAAACAAGUGCGAGUUCUCACUGAAGCUGUUGAUGACAUUACUUCAGUUGAUGAUUUCCUCUCCGUUUCAGAAAAUCAUAUUCUGGAAGAUGUGAAUAAGUGUGUGAUUGCUCUCCAAGAGGGGGAUGUGGAUACCCUGGACAGAACUGCAGGUGCCAUCCGUGGCCGUGCAGCCAGAGUUAUUCACAUUAUUAAUGCUGAGAUGGAAAACUACGAAACUGGAGUUUACACUGAGAAAGUUCUGGAAGCCACCAAACUGCUCUCUGAAACUGUUAUGCCACGCUUUGCUGAACAAGUUGAGGUUGCAAUUGAGGCUCUGAGUGCCAAUGUCCCACAGCCAUUUGAAGAGAAUGAGUUCAUAGAUGCCUCCCGUUUGGUGUACGACGGAGUCCGGACAUCAGGAAGCUGUUCUGAUGAUAAGGGAUAUGAGGAAGAUUACGACGUCCAGCGAACGAGCGUUCAGACCGAGGAUGAUCAGCUCAUUGCUGGCCAGAGUGCAAGGACCAUAAGUCGCAUCAUGGCUCAGCUUCCCCAGGAAGAGAAGGCUAAGAUUGCUGAGCAGGUAGAGAUAUUCCACCAAGAAAAGAGCAAACUAGAUGCAGAGGUGGCCAAGUGGGAUGACAGUGGGAAUGACAUCAUUGUGCUGGCAAAGCAGAUGUGCAUGAUUAUGAUGGAAAUGACAGACUUCACUAGCCCCAAUGAAAUGAAACUGUUUUCAUCUAAUACUUCACUGGAGCCUGUUGUGCAUAAUGGUAUUGUAUUCAAGGUAAAGGCCCUGAAGAAUACAUCAGAUGUCAUUAAUGCUGCCAAGAAGAUUGCAGAGGCAGGAUCAAGGAUGGAAUUGGCACGAGCUGUAGCUGAUCAGUGCCCUGACUCAGCCUGCAAACAGGACCUGCUGGCCUACCUGCAGCGCAUUGCCCUCUACUGCCACCAGCUCAAUAUCUGCAGCAAAGUGAAGGCAGAAGUUCAGAACCUGGGAGGAGAACUUAUUGUAUCAGGGACUGGAGUUCAGAGCACUUUCACUACCUUUUAUGAGGUAGAGUGUGAUGUCAUAGAUGGGGGCAGGGCUAGUCAACUUUCUACCCACCCACCCACCUGUGCUGAGGGAGCUACGCUUGAGGCCGGAAGCAGUGACUCUUCGACGCUGGACAGUGCCACUUCCCUCAUCCAGGCAGCUAAAAACCUGAUGAACGCUGUGGUCCUUACAGUGAAAGCAUCUUAUGUGGCUUCUACAAAAUACCAGAAGGUUUAUGGCACUGCUGCAGUGAACUCCCCUGUUGUGUCUUGGAAGAUGAAGGCCCCCGAGAAGAAACCUCUUGUCAAGAGAGAAAAACCAGAAGAAUAUCAGACACGAGUGAGAAGAGGGUCCCAGAAAAAACAUAUUUCCCCUGUACAGGCCUUAAGUGAAUUUAAAGCUAUGGAUUCAUUCUAAACCACUGAGCUUUACCAGGAGGGUUUUAUAUUCUUUUUGUAUGCAUACCUGCUGACUUGUAUGCGUCUGGCAUGGGGGGGCUGGGGGGAAGCAGUGUCAAUUUGCAUGCAACCUGGGACUCUCUACUGAAUUAUCUCACUUUCUGCAAUGCCAAAAUUCAGGGCAUUCUCUUCUGAUGUUAAAUGGACUUCUUUCAAACUUACUUUUUCAACUAAACGAUAGGAUUGAAUUGGCCAAAGAAUUUGCAUCGCGGGGGUACUUUUGGGUUCAAUAAGAAAUUCGAGUCUAAACCCAGAAAUGUUUAUGCAUGCAAGAAACAUUAGGUUGGCAGGUAUAUUAAGUGAAAAAAAAACAAAACAAUGGAAUUGUAAUGGUAGACCAUAAAAGCUUGUAUUGCUUCUGUUCCAGUGCAAAAACGUACUAGCCAAUAUGCUUAAAUGUGUGGCCCAAUAACUAAAUGAUAUAACUUUUGAGUCAUCUUCAUUAUAGUAUGUGAAUCUUCAAAAGAGAUACAAACUAAUUCAUCUUAAAAAUGCUUCUUUUAAACCACGUUUUGUUCUUUAUAUUCUAGUAGUGUUAUGAUUGCUCACAUUUCAAUUAAUCCCAUUAAUAUGACCAGAGGUUUACUUUUGCCAAUUGAAUUCCUUAUGGUGGAGUAUGAAGCACAAUAUGGUGAUUGACAUUGCCUUUUAUAUUAUGAUUAUUAUUAUAAUAUUAGUAAUAGAAGACCUGGUGGUGGAAUCUUUAGAGACAUGGAAGCUGACGGUGUGAGAAUUUAGAGGCAAAUAUGUAGGUGUAGUUUGGAUUACAGGUAUCUGACAUACCAUUGUAACCACUAACUCUUAAUAAACUCAUUUAACCUUGGAAUCCUCAA